GGAUCUUUUGGAAUGUAUUUCACUAUGGCUUGGGCUAAAACAUGCAUUAAAAACCUCUAGGAAAUAUUCUCGAUUUCUUGGCGGCUUUGCGGUAAAACAAAUGGCCCAUGGGCGUGAUACGCCUCACUUGUUUAGACUACUGUCUGACUACCGGAACUAGCCCGUCAAGGUUCCAGUUUCCGGGUAUUUCGAUAGGUGAUACACAUGCUCCGUUGCUAGGAGACGUCUGGUCCUUACUGCCGGACUGCGUGUGACCCCGGAGCAGCUGCCAGGAUGCAGGGGGAAGAAGAUGGGCUGUCUGUCACCAUCGCACAUAUUGUACAGAAGCUGAAGGGCUCUAGUCUGCACUGCCAACUGGAGAAGGCGGCGCGGGGGAGUCUACACAGGCCAGAUAUUAAACUGGAAACAGUUAAGGAAGAUAUCAAAGAUUUUCUAAAAGCAUCAGGCUGGGAGAAGAAACUUCAGAACGCAGUUUAUCGUGAACUUAGCCUGCUUCCUGGUCCCUGUCAUUCACUAGCACCCGCCGAACACAUUAAAGAACCAUUGUCAUAUAUAAGAAAAGCACAGGCAAGCUGGGAGAAGAGAGUACUUAAGAGUCUGAACAGCAUGUGCACAGAACUUAGUAUUCCUCUUGCACGGAAGAGACCAGUAGAUGAGCAGAAAGAGUUACUUAAUAAAUGGAAUGAGAUGGGAACUGAUGAACCAGAUUUGAGUCUUUUUCGACCUGUUUACGCACCUAAAGAUUUUCUGGAGGUCUUAAUAAAUCUGCGUAAUCCUAAUUAUGAUAAUGGAGACCAGCCUAGUUUUAGAAGCCACCUUGGUUUGAUUCAAGUUCCAUUAAAAAUUAAAGAUAUUCCUGAACUGAGGGAGUUCUUUUGUGAGCUUAACUUGAAUACAGGCCAGCUAGGAGUGGAUGAUUCUACGCAGGUCCCUCCAGAAUUGUUUGAAAAUGAACAUUUGCGGCUUGGAAAUAAAGUUCUAGCUGAAUAUGACAGUGCAGCGGCCCAGCAGUUUGUCCGCCAGGGAUGUCCAACUUCACUUCGGGCUGAAUUAUGGGCGCUUGUCUUGAACAUUUCAAACCAACCAGAGGACAUAUUGUACUAUGAGCAGCUUAAAUCUAAUGUUAUUCAGCAUGACCUUUUAUCCGACAGUCUGAUAUACAAGGACGUGAAGCUUACAGCUAGCAAUGAUGACUACUAUUUCGUAUUUGAAGAUUACCUCUACCAGGUUUUGCUGUGUUUUUCCCGGGACACAUCUGUACUCGCCCAUUUUGCUUACAAUAGUGCAUCCCCUCCGAAAUCAUAUAUUCGAGGGAAGCUAGGUUUGGAAGAGUGUGCCGUUGUAUAUCCACCAAAUGGUGUGAUACCCUUCCAUGGAUUUUCCAUGUAUGUUGCACCUUUGUGUUUUUUGUACAAUGAGCCCUCCAAGUUAUACCAAGUGUUCCGUGAGAUGUAUGUGCGAUUUUUCUUUCGACUCCAUUCCAUAUCCUCUCAUAUUUCAGGAAUAACAUCACUAUGUCUUCUAUUUGAAACGCUCCUUCAAACUCAUCUCCCUCAACUCUUCUACCACCUCCGUGAAAUUGGAGCCCAACCACUUCGCAUAUCCUUCAAAUGGAUGGUUCGGGCAUUUUCUGGGUACUUAGCAACUGAUCAGCUUCUCCUCCUCUGGGACAGGAUCCUUGGGUAUGACUCUUUGGAAAUUCUUGCAGUGCUGGCAGCUGCAGUGUUUGCUUUCCGAGCAGUGAACCUGAUGGAAGUGACAUCACUGGCUGCUGCCGAAGCUGUACUUGCUGAUAUUUCAACACUCAAGGUUAUCCCCCUUCUUCAGAUCUUCCUAUUUACUGUGAUAUCCUAGGCUAUGGAGUUAUGGAAAUUCUCCCUUUGAAUGUUUUAAUUUAAUUCUCUUCGGCAAACCAAUAAAAAUGUUUUUUUUUUGCUAUAUGUUUUAUUUAUUUUGCAUGAAUAUAAAGCUCAAUGUGCUUGUAAGAAGCCUCGGCUAUACAAACAUGUUAUACUGCUUCCAACAAUAACAGCAUUACAAAAAAAUUGUGUUCUUGAAAUUUCAUUUGAGUAUCCAGUCAGUUCAUAUUUUAUAUCAUAUUAUAUUAAUUAGAACAUUUAUAAUAAAA